ACGAUGUUACUCCCAAUAUCGCAGAAAGUGUACACCCCCCAGUGAUGUUGUUCUCAUGAUCCAGGAGGGAAGAGGAUGAUAUGACUUUCAACUCCUGCACCCUGCAAUGCUCUCACCCUGCAACACCGACACCCAGCUCAACCUGACAUAGGACCAGAGGCCAGCUGCGGGCCGUCCAGCGGCUGUGCUACUUCUACAGCGUCGUCAUGCCCAGCAAGGCCCAGUGUGUCCUCUACCACGAGCUCCAGCUCUCACUGGCCCGCAAGGACCUACAGAUCCACUCUGGACUACACCAAACAAAGUCUGGGGAUUCUCAUUCACCUCCAGAAGAAAGAGGAGGCGCAUGCCUGGCUGCAAGCAGAGAAGAUCUACUACAUCCUGUGGCAGAGCAAGCUGGUGGACCUGUACAUCCAGGUGGCACAGAAUGUGGUCCUGUACACAGGCGACUCCAACCUGGGGUGGAGCCGUUUGAGGCAGCUGGAGACAUCUUCUUCAAUGGGGCCUGGGAGCGGGAGAAAUCCGUGUCCUUCUACCAGGACCGGGCCCUGCCCCUGGCAGUGACUACGGGCAACUGCAAGGGGAGCUGCAGCUGUGCAACAAGCUGGUGGCACUGCUGGCCAUGCUGGAGGAGCCCCAGGAGGGCUUGGAAUUUGCCCACAUGGCCCUAUCUGUCAGCAUCACUCUGGGGGCCUGUGCCUGACUGCCCCAGGGAGCCACGUCCUCACACCUGCAGCUUUGGCCUACACCCCAGGGGACCGGCUGAACGAGCGCGUGGCCUACUACCGGCUGGCCGCCCUGCACCACCGGCUAGGCCAUAGCAAGCUGGCGGAGCACUUCUACCUCAAGGCCCUGUAGCUCUGCAACUCGCCGCUGGAGUUCAACUAGGAGACCCUCUACUACGUGAAGGUGUACCUGGUGCUCGGUGACAUCAUCAUCU